UGUUAUUUUAACCUGGGGAAAAACGUUCUGACUGUUUACAUUCUCUACCCAUCACUUAAUUUUUACACGUCUAUCAGAUCUCUCCUCAGGUUCCAGAGAAAUAAUCCAUGAGUGUCCAACCUCUCCUUGAAGCUAAUCUCCAUGCCUGCGUUGUAUGCAACAUUUUCAGCAAGUUUUGCAGUUAAAAGUGAUCAUGCAAGCUCCGUAUGCUCCGUGUGUGCUGGGUCUGGAUCUUGGGACCAGCUCCGUGAAGGUGGUCUUGUUGGAUGCUGUGAGUCGGGCUGUGGUCCACAGCCAGACCCAGGAAACCAAGGCAGAGGUCAGCAGCCCAGACGGUGAACAGGCCCGGGAGCAGGAUGUUGGUAAGAUUGUGUCUGCUCUUCACUAUUGCAUUGCAGCAAUGCCCAAAGAACAUCUCCGCAGAGUGACAAGGAUUGGGGUCUCGGGACAGAUGCAUGGAGUUAUGAUGUGGAAAGGCCAGGAAGGAUGUAAGUGGCAGAUGUCUGAAGCAGGUCUCACCUUCCAGCCUGUGGAGACGAGUCACCUGGUCACAUGGCAAGACGGUCGGUGCAAUCACGAAUUCCUCGCGACCCUCCCACAGCCUGAUUCCCACCUCAAUCUUGCCACUGGCUUUGGCUGUGCCACCAUUUUCUGGUAUAUGAAAAACAGACCCCAGGUUCUACAGACCUAUAAUGUAGCAGGGACCAUCCAUGACUAUGUUGUUGCUGCCCUAUGUGGGCAUGAUAAACCUCUGAUGUCGGCCCACAAUGCUGCCAGUUGGGGAUACUUUAAUACCAAAAGCGGCACUUGGAAUCUUCAAAUAUUAAAAGACUCUGGAUUUCCCAUAUGUUGGUUGCCCACAAUUAUGGAAUCUGGUAAAAUUGCUGGAAAGACGACGCAUGAAUGGUGUGGUGUCCCAGAGGGGGCAGAGGUUGGUGUAGCCAUGGGCGAUUUUCAAUGCUCUGUGUACUCCUGCAUGAGUGAGAAGACAGAUGCAGUUUUGAACAUCAGCACUUCUGCUCAGCUGACCUUUGCUCUGCCACCAACCUUCCAACCACCCGAUCACCCCAACCCCAACAGCAGUGUUGCAUACUUCCCGUACCUGGAUGGGAUAUACCUAGCUGUGGCAGCUGCCCUGAAUGGUGGGAAUAUAAUGUCCUCCUUUGUUGGGAUGUUGAAACAGUGGAUGCAUGAGUUCGGGCUGGAGGUUCCCGAGACUAUCAUCUACUGCCAAACAAUAAACUCUGCGUUGAAUGUUGAUCAGACUGACCUUGGGGUGCAAGCCACCAUAUUUGGAGAGAGACAUUUGCCAGGCCAGCUGGGUUCAAUCACCAACAUUUCUCCGUCCAACCUGUCGCUGGGCCAAAUGACCAGGGCCCUGUGCCGUGGCAUCAUUGAGAACCUGCAGGCCAUGUUGCCAUGCCAGCGGCUGGUGGAGUCAGGGGUGCGGAGGAUUGUGGGCAGCGGGAGUGCGCUGACCAGGAACCAGGUACUGAGGCAGGAGCUGGAGAAGAUAUUCACGCUCCCCAUUGUCUAUAAGGAGACUGCCGAUUCUGCAGUCGGUGUUGCUCUGGUGAUGAUUGACCGGAAGUAGGGAGGGGAACAACAGUGGAAAUGUGGGAAAACAAAUCGGUGUCCUCUGAGAACGUGUGUAAGGCUGUGUGUACGGUAUCGAGAUCCUGAUUAAGGGAAGACCUCUGUUGGAGCAGCAUACCUAGCCGCCAUAGUCUGGGACUAAUUGGAGCUGAGUGUAAUUGCAGCGAUACGUAUUGAUCUAGCCCAUCUUUCCUCUUCUUGAUGUCCUGGUUUUGAUGGCCCAGAGAUGUACCAGAGAGGCUACAUCCUGAGUUGCUGCCCUGCAUUGAGUUUUAAAGUUAUUCAUGGAAUAAGUGGGCAUGUCAUUUAUUGCCCCCUCCCCAUAUGAAUGUGGUGAUGAGUUGCCAUCUUGAAUUGCUGUGCGCGACGUGUAAGAUGAUGAAGGCCUGACGUCCACGAGGAAGAAGAAACAGACAGCCAAGCAGAACUAAUACUGCUCCCUGUGGAAACCCAAAGAAAACAAAACAUUGAACAUAGAACAGUACAGCACAGGAACAGACCCUUCGGCCCACAGUGUUAGUGUUGAACACGAUGCCAAGUUAAUCUGAACUCCUCUGCCUGCUCGCAAUCCAAAUCCCUCAUUCCCUGCAUAUCCACGUGCCUAUCUAAAAGCCUCUGAAACACCACUAUCAUAUCUGCUUCCACCAUCAACACUGGGAGUGCAUUCCAGACAUCCACCAUUCUCUGUGUGUCCAACACAUCUUCUUUAAACUUUGCCCCUCUCUCUUUAAAACUAUGCACUCGAGCCUUUGACACUUCCACCCUGCGAAAGGUUCUGACUGUCUAUCCUAUCUAUGCCUCUCAUAAUUUUAUAUACUUCUAUCGCAGCUCCCCGCAGCCUCCGACGAUCCAGAGAAAACAAUCCAAGUUUGUCUAACCUUUUCUUAUAGCUAAUAUUGUUUAAUCCAGGCCGCAUUCUGGUAAACCUCUUCUGCCCCUCUCCAAAGCUACCACAUUCUUCCUGUAAUGGUACAACAAGAAGGCAGCACUAACAGUCUAGAAUUUUUAAUCAAAGAUUUAUUCACAUUGCCCAGCAACAUUUUUUUUGCUCUGGUCAUGAAUUUCUCUUCCUUUCACAAACCCACACAGCCACAGUUUCCCCUAUGAAUAACUAUCACUUCACUACCUGACCUUCAAAAGCAUGCAAUGAACAGCACAUAAUUAUCCUAGCUCCAACUGUUCUGCCUCAGUCCCAUGUCAUUCCUGUUCCAAUCCAGCUUUGCUUCCAAGAUGCCCUGUGACACGUCUGUCCUGUCUGAAGAGCCAUGUAUGGGGACCAUAGACUUAAAGGCAGGGCAUUUGUUAUUGUUUAGUUGUCUUGUAAGGGAAACUUCAAGAAGAAAAAUUUAAAAAACGAUUAACAAAUAAAAUAAAAAGAAAAUU